AUGUCGACAGACAGAGUAAAACAAAUUACGUCACUUUUUCAACAACAAAAACCAAUACAAGCUGCUGAGACAGUAUUCCGUGGUAUUCUUACUAAUGAGUCUGACCCUGCUUACAAAGAUAUAACAACAACUUUAGCCGCGUUGUAUUCCACGAUUCAGGCAAUUGAUAUAAGUCAAUAUGACCAACAAGAACUUACUCACUAUAUAUAUCGCCUUAUUUCAGUGAAUUGCCAAACAAUCAAAGCAGCGAUUAUGUAUAAAGAACCAUCUUUAAAUAAAUACGAGGAACCAUUAUUAAUUGGGAUCUUAGAUAACGUGAGUAAAAUGGUUGGUCCUCGUCACUAUGGUCUUUUUCUUCAGAAAAUGAAAGAGAAGGACAACUUAUUUAUUUCAUGUCAGAAGAAGUAUGCCCAACUGAAUCUCCGCGAUUUACUCCAAAUCCGACAUGAACAUUUCCCAUUCACAAAUAUGUACGACCAAGCAAUGCAAGUCCUUAACAUGAUCGAAAAGUGCACAACAGCUACUUCUAUGUUAAAUCGUCUUGUUGAUGUGCAGAACGAAAUUAACAAAUCACUUGCUACUGUCCAUGGCGAAGUCCCUGUCUCUUUCGACGCCGACGCUCACCUCUCCAUCCUUCAAUUCAUUUUGAUCCGUUCGAAGAUUCAACACCCUUUCUCUAUAUCAGCUUUUGUCGAAUCGCACUUCGGCGCUAAAGACUUCUCAACGCAAUACGGGUUCUCCUUAACAACAUUCACAAUCGCGGCGUCUAGUGUCUUGGAAAUUACUGGAAAUGCCAACCCAAGGUCAACUGUACUCAACGACACACCUUUACUCACCUCAAACUUCAGCUCUCGUUUGUUCUAUGGUAUUUCUUAA